AUGGAAUAUCUUUGGAAUGGUUCGUAUAGCCUGCCUUGCCGAGCGACUUUUGCUGACAAUGUAAAGUUAAUAGAAAAUGAUUUUGAUCUGGACCUGCACCAAAUUUGGAAAGAGUCUGAUCUGCCGGCACAGCCCCUAUGCCUAGCGAUGGAUUUUGACGAGUCCAAGCCCGAUAGCCUGCAUCUAGGAAGCACGGCGGCACAGCGUGUGCAACAUCCCAUUGUGGAAUGCUUAUUCUACUCCAACACCGAAGGUGAGCACUUGUUCUUCAUCCCUCGGAUAGAGACGGCGUCCUGGAAGUUUGAACACAUAAGAAAGGAGAUCGUUGGAAUCGUGUAUCAUUCAGCUUGUGUGAUGCCAGGCUCGCACUUCCGUUUAUCCUUGUGGCCGCGCGUAGAGCCAUUUCCGUGCUCCGCAUCGUCCACUCUGUCCCCCUUGGCUGCAUUACCCACCUUACCUUCUCUUCAUCCUUCGGAAUUUGUACAUAACCUUCGGGAGAAUUUUAUGUCUGAUAAGGAAGAGCUGCUUUCCACUUUACUACAGCAACUGCAGACGUAA